AUGGAACUGAUUAGAGUAUUACACUUUUCUGUUGCAUUUUUCUUCUUGUUCUUUUCUAUUAACUGUCAAUGUCAUCCUUUAGACCCUCUUAAUCCUGAUGAAAUAAACCAAAUUAGAGUCAUUAUCCAAAAGUCUCACCUUGGUUCUCUUUCCAAUGUAACAUUUCAUUUUGUAGACCUUGAUGAACCAGAAAAGAAUGAUGUCCUUCAUUGGCUUUCCUUGCAUAAAUCAAACAAUGCCUCUUUUCCUUAUCGUCGAGCCAGGGUAGUAGUUCGCGCUAAUGGAGAGUCACAUGAAAUUACAUUAGACUUGGCUAGUAGCUCUAUCAUAUCACAAAAGUUGUACUCAGGUCAUGGCUUUCCUUCUAUUACUCUCAAUGAACUUAUACAAUCCAGCAUCCUGACUUUGAGUAGUCCUAAGUUUCAAGAUUCGAUAUCACGAAGGGGCUUGAAUAUAUCUGAAGUCAGCUGCAUACCACUAUCAGUUGGAUGGUUUGGUCAGAUAAAGACUAGAAGAGUUCUUAGUGUUCCAUGUUUUUAUCGCGGAGGGACUAGUAACUUUUGGGCAAGGCCUAUUGAAGGAAUAACUACACUAGUAGAUGUUGAAUCAAUGAAGAUCAUUAAGUAUUUGGAUAGAUUCAGGGCCCCCUUGCCUGAAGCAAAAGAUGCUGAUUUCAAUUCGUCGAGCCAGGGAUCAGUCACUUGCAAUGAAACAGAAUCCUCCAGGAUAAACAUCCAAGGUCAUGAAGUCAGAUGGGCUAAUUGGAAAUUUCAUGUUGGAUUCAAUACUAGAGCAGGGAUGAUCAUAUCUACAGCUUCUAUAUUCGAUGCUGUAAGAAAUGAAUAUCGACGUGUGCUCUAUAGAGGUCAUGUCUCUGAGAUAUUCGUGCCUUACAUGGAUCCUACGUUUGAAUGGUACUACAGGACAUUCAUGGAUGUUGGUGAAUUUGGUUUUGGGAGAUCGGCUAGUACCCUUGUCCAGUUGUUGGACUGUCCAAACAAUGCAGUGUAUAUGGAUGGUUACAUGGCUGAUUCAGAAGGACAAGUAGUACAAGUUCCUCGAGCUAUUUGCAUUUUUGAACGAUAUGCUGGCGAUGCUGCAUGGAGGCAUACAGAAAUCGGAGUACCUGGAACUUUAAACACCAAGGGACAGAAAGAAGUUAAUUUGGUGAUCAGAAUGGUAGCAACAGUCGGAAAUUAUGACUAUAUACUUGAUUGGGAGUUCAAACAAAGUGGAUCCAUUAAAGUUGGAGCAAGUCUAACAGGGGUUAUGGAGAUGAAGGCUGUGAAAUACACGAACAACAAUCAAAUAAAUCAGGAUGUUUACGGGACCCUAGUGGCAGAAAACAUAAUUGCAGUGAAUCAUGAUCAUUUCCUUACCUACCACAUUGAUCUUGAUAUUGAUGGCAGUAAAAAUUCAUUCUUGAAAGCCAAACUGAAAACUACAAGAGUGAAAGACCAGAAAAUGUCACCAAGGAAGAGUUAUUGGAGUGUUGUUAAAGAAACUAUGAAAACAGAAUCUGAAGGCAGGACACAACUUGGGAUUGAACCAGCUGAAUUGUGGUUUGUUAAUGCUGAAAAAAAGACUAAAGUUGGAAAUGAUGUAGGUUAUAAGCUAAUUCCUAGUAGAACAUCUAUGUCUUUGUUAUCAGAUGAUGAUUACCCUCAAAUUAGAGCAGCUUAUACUAAGUAUCAACUGUGGGUGACUCCUUACAACAAAUCAGAAAGAUGGGCUGCAGGAUUUUAUGCUGAUAGAAGUCAUGGUGAUGAUGGCCUUACAGUCUGGAGUGGCAGGAAUAGAUCAAUUGAAAAGAAGGAUAUUGUGCUAUGGUACACACUUGGAUUUCAUCAUAUACCUUGCCAAGAAGAUUAUCCUAUAAUGCCAACAAUCUAUGAUGCUUUUGAGCUCCGGCCAACAAAUUUCUUUGAAAGAAACCCAUUGGGUAGAAAAACUACAAAUAUUGUCCCUCUUGGUUCCAAUAUCACAGCUGGAAGUGAAUCUUCAUAUUGGCUUUCAUCCUCUGGAGAUUUUGCUUUUGGUUUCUACCGUCUUAACAGUACUGGACUCUUCCUUGUUGGGAUAUGGUUUGAUAAAAUCCCUGAGAAAACUCUCGUUUGGUCAGUCAAUCGCGAUGAUCCAGUUCGUGCUGGAUCAAAGGUUAAUCUAACGUUGAGUGGACGCCUUGUGUUGGCAGAAUCUAAUGGGAGAGAGUUUGUUUUGUACAAUGGCACAAGCACAAGUCAUGCUACUAUGCAAGAUGAUGGAAAUUUUGUCCUGAAAAAUUCAUCCUCAGGAGCCUUGUGGGAAAGCUUUGAUUUCCCAACAGAUACAAUUCUUCCAGGUCAAGUUCUUGUUAUGGGGCAGAAGCUGUUUUCCAGUGCCAAUGGAACAGUAGAUUACUCGACGGGGAAAUAUAGAUUAGAGAUGCAGAUGGAUGGGAAUGUGGUGUUGUCUGCAUAUAGAACUACUGAUUUUGGUUACUUUGAUUUUCAAACUAUAAACAGUAAGACUGUAAGACUGGUCUUCGAAAACACCAGUGAUACUUUGUUCAUUACAAAUGGAAGCACAAUCAUAUACAACAUGACAGCGAACUUGCCUGAUUCAGUUCGAGAUUAUUACCACAGAGCUAUGAUCACUAAUAAGGGAGAUUUCCAACAGCUCUUCCGUAGCAAAGUAAAUGGGAGUGGUUGGGAUGUUGCGUGGCAAGCUAUAACGAAACCUUGUACUGUGAAUAACAUUUGUGGUGUAUAUGGCUUUUGCCAAUCACCUGACAAUAAGGAAAUCAAUUGUAGUUGCUUGCCAGGCUAUUCUCCAAGGGAUCAGUACACUCCAUCUAAAGGAUGUUAUCCAAAUGUGAUGAGAGAUUUCUGUGAUACAAAUUCUUCCCUCUCGGAUGUCGAUGUUCAAAGGAUCUCUAAUGUUGAUUUCCCUAAUAGGGAUUAUGCUGAACUAGGAAGGGUAUUUCAAGCUACAGAGGAGAUUUGCCGGCAGGAAGUGUUGAAUGAUUGUCUUUGUGAGGCAGCUGUGUUUAAAAAUUUAACAUGUUUCAAGAAGAGGAUGCCUAUACAGAAUGCCAGAAGUGUUAUUCCUGAUACAAAUGGCAUGGUUGCAUUCAUUAAGAUUAGCAACUCUUCGAUAACUCGAAACAAAAAGCACAUUAUAUCAAAGACUGUUUUGUUAGCAGGUGUGAUAGUAUGUUCAGUACUUGCUCCACUUUUUGCAGCAAUUGCUAUAUAUUAUCACCCUUUUGUAAAGAAAUACAGACAUGCCAAAAACCCUCCAAAAAGAAAGCCAAUUGAGAUGAAUUUAAGGGCAUUUUCGUUCCAGCAGCUGCACAACGCCACCGAUGGUUUCAAGACCAAAUUAGGCCAAGGAGCUUCUGGUGCUGUUUAUAGCGGAAUUCUCAAGUUAGAAGAUGAAGAAGUUGAAGUUGCUGUGAAGAAAUUAGGAAAUGGAAUUGAACAAGGUGAUGAUAAAGAAUUUUUGGCAGAAGUAAGGGUGAUAGGCCUAACACAUCACAAAAAUCUGGUUCAUUUGUUAGGCUUCUGCAAUGAAAAAAGCAACAGGCUUGUUGUUUAUGAAUUAAUGAAAAAUGGGGCUGUGUCAAAUUUGAUCUUUGGGGAUGGACAAAGACCAAGCUGGAAGCUAAGAAGUGACAUAGUACUUGACAUUGCUAGAGGCCUGUUAUACUUGCAUGAAGAGUGUGAGAAUCAGAUCAUCCAUUGUGACAUUAAGCCACAUAAUGUCCUGCUCGACAAGAACUACACUGCAAAAAUUGCUGAUUUUGGUCUUGCAAAGCUUCUUAUGAAAGAACAGACGCGAACAAACACAAAUUUUAAAGGAACCAUGGGUUAUAUGGCACCAGAAUGGCUAAAAAAUGUGCCCGUAACAACCAAAGUUGACAUCUACAGUUUUGGUGUUUUGCUGCUUGAGAUUAUUUUCUGCAAAAAGCACAUGGACUUGAACCCAAUUGACGAAGCAAAUGAAGAGAUCGAGUUGAUCUUAGUCGAUUGGGUUCUUCAUUGUGUGAGAAACGAGAAGCUGAGAGCUGUUGCUAGUCUUGAUGAAGAAAUUAUGUUACAUUUUCACAAUUUUGAGAGGAUGACUAUGGUUGGACUAUGGUGCUUGUGUCCUGAGCCGAAUCUUCGACCAUCUGCAGCAAAACUUGUUCAGAUGUUGGAAGGAACUAUAGAACUAGGUGUUCCUCCUAUGGUUGAUACAACUAUAUGAGUCAUUUGCUGCAUUAUAUUGUGAUUUUUCCAACAAUUAAGCGUCAUUCUGUUGUAUUUGUCAUUAGACCUGGUUAAAUUUCAAUAUUUCAGUGUUUUUAUCAUA